UUUUCAGAAGCUGCUUGUACAGUUAAUCUUGAGCAUUGUUUAGGGGGUAUUAGUGUUGCCAUUCAGUGAAAUGACCUCGCAGGGAAAUGAUAUUCUGACUCAAGACGAUCAACCGUGCGGCAUAAAUGCUCUGUGCUGCGUCUACGCGUGCACGGAUUUCCACUAACUGCAACGAACGUGGCACACUGGCACUUCUUUGUUCGAAAAUCUUUCACAUUGACGUUUUGUCGUGGCUAACACAGCAUGGAUAAAUGCCCUGGCAAUUAGGAAGAGAAAACGAUCUGAUAUUAAACUAAAUGGAUUUUAAACGAUUUUAAUGAUCUGUAAUUUCAGGGUUGUUAUGAUAAUGAUCUGUGUGUAACUGGAUGGUUGUGCGGGUGCUGGAUUCACGUUAUUCAUACGAGGAAUUAGGCGAGUACGAAAACGAUUUGAAAGUUGCUGAAGAAUCAGGGAUUGUAAGAAUCAAGGAUUGUUGUGUUUGAAAACAAUGAAGAUCCCCGCUUGACCGAGGGAAAAGAGCCGCUUGCUGUCCGUUGAGAACAGUAUGGCCCUGCUGAGAGAGCUCUGUUCCACGAGAAAAAAUUGUUGUUAUGCAGCCCGCAUUUGUGAAAAUUCAUUGAGGUUCUGCUGGUGGAAUUCAAAACAGUGCCGUCGCAACAGUGCUUGUUUUAAUGAAAGCAGGUUUCCGAACAAAAACAGAGGACAAGUGCCGACGAUUUUAGUUUAUUCACUCAUAUUUUGCAUCGCCUGUUGUCUGUUUACAUUUGGUGAUUGUUGUGCGAAAGGAAUUAUUUUCGAAAGAAUGCUUAAGCCAUAUUCCUGAAAAGCCCGUGUUUACCUAAAUUGGGAGCUUUAAUCGGAGCAUUCACAAAGACUUGCAGUAAACGCCAAGAAGGAAUCGUUAUAGCUACAACGGAGUAGUUUUGUGCAAAUUCCAAGUAUGGGAAUAUUUAACAUCUUCUGUUUUAGAACUAAAAAAGUGAGUGCACUAAAAGCUACCUUGAUAAUUGCUGUGUUUAGCAGUGUUUAUCUCGUUAAACAAAAAAUGGGGGAUUUCAUCAGCGUGCAAGACUCGGCUCCACCUGAGGAUAUUGUGAGAAUUUUAGAAGUACGACGAGCAAGCUUGCAGUUGAACUGGUUGUCGAAUAAAGAAGACGCUUCAAACACGCGACAGGAAAUAUCUAAUGAACACCAAGAAAGCAUCGAGGUCGAAACGAGCAAAGUGCAAGAAGGCAAUAGGUUCAACGAGGAUAAAACGUAUAAUUAUCUCAUUUACAAUAAGCAGGUUGAUUUGGAAUUGAAGAGAAACGCAACUGAAUCGAAUAACGCGCGAAUCACUGAGCUGCGGAAAGGAGGCUGGCUACCUACUCUACAAUCACAUACCAGCAAUGCUUUUUAUAUAAAAGAGGAUUUAAAUCGCCGAAGGAAAGAAGUUAAGCAGUGGCGGAGAAAAUAUUUAUUUGCUCUCCGGUACUACGAGCAGUUGGCCGGGGCAACGAAAAAUUUAAUAGACUUUGCAUCGUUAGGAAAACACUUCAAUAGAGAAAUAGUUAUGCCGUUUGUAAAUAAUUCCAGAAUGAACGGAAUCCCAUGUAAAACAAUGCAAAAAGCUAUGAAAUACACAUUCAGUAAUUUGAGCCGAUAUUUCGAUAUUAAGCACUUGAAUUCGACACUAGCAGAACGAGGGUAUGCUCCACUGGCGCAUUUUCACGAUUUUGUCAAUGACUGCAAAUCGGGACUGGACACCGUCGUUCAUUUUGUUUACAACGACACGUUCUCGGCAAACGAUGCGAAGAAUUGGUUCGGCGUUUCACCAAAGCGGUGGGAUGAAAUACGUCAGUAUCUGGUUGGUAAUGGUGGAUUUGGGGAUUGUGAAUUUCUAAGAAAGUCAGGGAUCGAACGGCUUCUGGGCGGUGUUGCAGUUAAAAAAUACAUAUGCGUAGACCCUGAAAUUAUUCGCACGGCGAAAGAAAUUGAGCAUGCGGUUUUCAAAGAACAACGUUGUAUUGGAAUUAUUCAAUGGAAAGGAACAGGAAAUCGAAGAACUCAUUUCCCGGUGCCCAAAAGCGUGUUUCAGCAACUGCGGCCGUCGGACGUAAUGCUUAGUCGCAGACUUAAUACAAUCGCGAAAGAUUUCGUCGAUAAAAAUAUUAAACAGCCAUUUCUUGCUGUUCAUAUUCGUUCUGAGAGGCAGUUAGCCUGGCGAGGAAUUGACAAGUUUCUGAAAUGCACUAACACUUUGACAAAGAAGGUGUUUAAAAGGAAGAAAGUUUUUCAAAUCAAGAGUGUGUUUCUAGCGACCGACUUGCCCGCAUACGGUUCCGACACCUUCCAAAGCGCGAAAUCUCGCGAGCGGUCACUUGCUAACAGAUAUGUGCUUGAUGCAUUUAAACAGCCGCUGACAUUUUCGCCUGAGGUUUACGGAAUACACGACAAAGGCGAAAUAUCGAUUAUUGAAAUGAACAUACUGCGUCUAGGCGAAUCGUUGUAUACUUUGGGGGGAGGGAAGUUUCAGGAUUGGAUAGUUGACUUGUUUUUAGCUCAAAAUACCGAAGAUAGGUCACUUGUUCACAGGGUUUGUGUAGAGAAAGCUAGUUAAAAUUACCAAUAGUAAACUCUUGACUGAGCCUUUAUAAAAACCCCCUGUCAACUCGAAAAACUCCGGACCAGGAAUGGAGUGGUUGGGGGUACCAGAUCCAUUUUUCGUGGGGCGUAAUUCUGUCUACACAACACAUAGCCUCCUCCCUAAAAAUGAAUUUACUCACACUGCAUCCUUCCCUAGACAAUAAUCACUUUUGAAAAUACUUUAUCUUGCAGUGGCUUGUUCAAGAGUUAACGAUACACAUUUGAAGACUGUUAAGUAUUUAUUUUGACAAGAAUUUAAUCAGUUAACAUAUCCUGCCCUCGCAACCCAUGCACGAUGAAAUCUUUUUUACAUCCAUUUUAAGGUGAAUCUAAGCUUAAAAGAAAUCUUCACUCCAGGUAAUUGAAAAUGAUCACCAAUUGUCAAGAAACUAUUUCAAAAAUAAAACCAAGUUGAUUUCUGAGCUGGUUAUCUUCCUCGUUGGUUUAAGAAGUAGAAAAGAGGACAUGUAUUUUCCUGUAAGUCUGCUCGUUACCUUAAUAAGGAACAAAACAUUGUAUUUUGAAUCAAGAAAUCUAAUCAAUUUCACUAUGAGAUGCCAUCAACGGCAAGCCAGCUUUUGUAGAAAGAGCCUAACACAGAAAAUAGCCAAAAAUUUAAUCAUUUUCCAAGAAAUUUUGUUUACCUUUCGAUCGGGAAGCCAUAAAUAUAGUUUCGAAGAUUGCUCACACAUCCACAAAAAACAGUAAGAAGAAAGCUGUUGAUAUUUAAGACCACAGUGGUCCCUUGGAAUUAAUAUAGAUCGUUUGAUAAACUAGGUAUUAUUUGCUAAAUUUGAUAUUUAUUUAUUAAAGUUGUAAACAUUUUAUGUUUAAAAGUGUGUCGGAUUUAUUAGGUAAAUAUUAUGUUAGAAGAUAGACACUAAAUCUAUUUAUUAUGCUUUCUUUAUCAA